UUAAAUCAAAUCGAAAAUUCAAUUCAAUCCUGUCAAAUUCCCCCCUAAGAAUUUUCUCCUCAAAUUUUGCCAAAUUCCAAAUCUAGGUGAAGGGGAAAGAGGGAAAUCGAGAUUUUGGCGCGUAAAUCUCGAUGCCGAUGUGGAGCUCGGUGGCGAAUUUGAAGGAAAGUCUGAGUAAAAUCGCACUAGAUGUCCACGAUGACGACGACGAUGAAGAGCUUCCUAUGUACACUCCUCCGCCGGCCGAUCAUUCCGACAAGGCCAGUUCAGGUUCGGAGCGGAGAGCUUCGCGCAUUUCCAGUGCACCGACUCAUUCACCGAUCGUCAAUGGAUUCGAUUCCCCGUCUAAUCACGAGAUCGAGCUGUACAAAACAAAAAUUAAGAAGCUUCAGGAAUCUGAGUCAGAAAUCAAGGCUCUAUCAGUUAAUUAUGCAGCUUUAUUAAAGGAAAAAGAGGAUCAGAUUUUGAGAUUGGCUGAAGAAAAUGGCUCACUAAAACAGAAUCUCCUUAGUGCAAAUGCUACUCAUGGUACACCUAGAACUGUUCUUAAGGGUAAUGGUGAUAUUUCCCCUAAUCGGUUUAAAGCUGCAACAAAAAGUCGUGGAAAUGGUAUUGUGGCAAAGCAUGAUGGAUUAAAUAAUGGGACAACUUCAUCCAAUUCAAAGGAACUCUCAGAUGCAAUGGAAGACAAAAUUAGAUCCUUGACCGCGAUGCAAGCAACUCAUGAAUCUCAAAUGAAACAAAUGAUAGUGGAACUUAAUAAAGAACGUGGCAAGCUGGCAAGUGUCCAGCUGAGUUUACAAGAGGAGCAAAAGUUGAAUGGAUCGUUUCAGCAGGACUUGAGCUCAUUAAAAGAUGAAAAAGAUAAAAUGUUGAGAGAGAUAAACAGAACACAAGACGAGUUAAAUCAGAAGAUAUCAGAGAUAGGAAGGUUACAAAUGGAGUUGCAGAGAAGAGAACCAAACAACAGUGUGGAGAAGUUGAAAAACAUUAUUGCUUCUUUGGAGGAAGAUAACAGAAAUAUUAAGAAAGAAAAAGAAGAAUGUGAGACUGCGUUAAAUGCAAUUCGUUCUUCUCCAGUUCGCGAAGAGAAACCUGAUGGCUUGCAUCUUUCAAAUAAACAUUCAAGUAGCAUGAAUGAGGGAUUGCUGGAGAAUGAGAAAAUGCAGAAGUCUUUGCGUAAAUUAGAAAAUGACCUAAAGGAAGCACGGAUGCAAAAGGACAAAGCCUUGCACGAAUUGACUCGUCUCAAGCAACAUUUGUUGGAAAAGGAAUCCGAGGAAUCAGAGAAAAUGGAUGAGGACAGUAAGAUUAUUGAGGAACUGCGAGGAAUCAAUGAACAACAAAGGGUUCAAAUUUCACGUAUGGAGAAUGCUCUGAAACAAGCAAUCUCAAGACAAGAAGAAGUAAAACUGUCCAACAAUAGUGAACUUAUGAAGGCCAAAGAAGUUAUAGACGAUCUUAAUAGAAAAUUGAGUAACUGUUACAACACAAUAGAUGCCAAGAAUGUGGAAGUUCUAAAUCUGCAAACUGCUCUUGGGCAAUAUUAUGCUGAAAUUGAGGCUAAGGAACGUCUUGGUGAAGAGUUGUCAGUCACAAAAGAGGAAUCAGCUAGACUUAUCAUGCAGUUAAAGGAAGCACACCAACUAGCAGAAGCAUCAAAGAGGGAGAGGGAGGAACUUUUGGGAAAGCUCUCACAAGCUGAUAUUGUGAUUGCUGAAGGAAAGAACAGAGUUAAGAAGCUUGAGGAAGAUAAUGAAAAACUCCGCAGAGCUCUUGAGCAAAGCAUGACAAGAUUAAAUAGGAUGUCUGUGGACUCCGAUUUCCUUGUCGACAGGCGCAUUGUAAUCAAAUUACUUGUUACAUACUUCCAGAGAAACCACAGUAAAGAGGUUCUUGAUCUAAUGUGUCGCAUGCUGGGAUUUUCUGAUGAAGAAAAACAAAGAAUCGGUGUCGCUCAGCAAGGGCCUGGCAAAAGUGUAGUUCGUGGUGUAUUUGGCCUUCCAGGUCGGCUUGUUGGGGGCAUCCUUGGCGGCGUUGCCCCUGAACCUCAAUCAUCUAUGACAUCUGAUGACCAGUCAUUUGCAGAUUUGUGGGUGGACUUUCUUCUCACGGAGACGGAAAGGGAAAAGAGGGAGUCCGCCAAUAAUUCAAAUCAAGAUCAAAACUCUACAGGAACCACACCCCCUUACCUCAACCCAAACCAAGUUCCCACAUUAUCUCGCAGCAACUUGGGACGGGAACUCUCAGAUUCGGAAUUUUCAACAGUUCCCCUCACUUCAUCAGAAAACAGUUUGCAAGCCGUGAUCUGCCUAAAUGUUCUUUCGAUUCUUUGUCUAACUUGUGAAAACAAAGAGAAGCAGCAGCCCUUUGGAGCGUGUAUGUACGUGCAUUGUAAUAAUCCCUGUAUGAAGAAAGCUACACACACUUGAAACUUUUUGUAGACGAGAUGGCACAUAUUUAGAUAGAUUUGCUAAAGAAUAUUACAAUUUGCGUGAAUUGUAUAUAAACGCUAUACAGAAACAUAACACAUCAUUGUUCACUCUGCAA